AUGCUUGCUCCCCAAGGACCACUACAAGCGGAAAAACUGCGACCACUCUGGGAAACAGUCACAUUCACAAUAGCGUUCGGAAAACAUGUGGCCAUCGAAUAUCGUAUACCAAAACUUGCAACACUCAAGAGCUCUGAUCAACAGCACUCCCAUUUGCAGAAAGUGGAGUAUUGGACGGCUGCGAAACCCAACCAAAUAAUAUUGACAACUGUGGAAAAGAGCGACCCACAAAUGGUGAAACGUGUACGACUCGAACAGAAUCCAUUAUAUGAAAGAAUGCCAGCUCAAUGCAAUGUCGCAGAAGUUGACAUGUACACAACGGAACAAGUAGACCACAAAACUCAGUCGACUGGUGGAGAGCAAUCGCGUACUGAGCGACACAGAUACCAUGAUCAUCAGUUGAUUCAAAGAUGGAAAAACACAAUCCACAUAGAGAAUCGACGUCAUCAAAUCGACGGAUAA